CUAGACAUAGAAACAGACGGAGAGUUCAGACCAACCCCUCCUCUCCCUCCUCCCUCCUUCCCUCCCUUCCCCUCCCAGUUUCUCCCGUUCGCUUUCUCGCUCACACUCACCCCGCUCUCUUCACACUCACAGUUGGUGCGAGUCUCCCUGCGGCUUCAAAACUUUGGGAGAGGACAAAGCUGGGUCUCACUACUUCAUACCGUUCUUCUCCCUGACCUCCAAAACCUUUUUUUCUUUCCAGAGAACAGAAGAGGGAGUAAAAAAAGGUGGACAGAGAAAGAGCGAGAGAGAGAGGGAGAGAGAGAGAGAAGAAAGAAAAAGAAAAGAGCACAGUUCCGUCCAGGAAGAGGGGCCAUAUACCUUUUUUUUGUAGAGGAAAAGGUGUUUGUUUUGGGCACUCAAAAAGAAAAGGCUUGAAAGUGAAGCCGGACCUCAGCCGGUCCUCAGCCGGUCCUCAGGCUAGUGCUGUCUGGCCGCCCCCUUUGGGCUGGGACUCCACUCUCUCCCUAGUGGUCUACUCUUCCCCAGGUGUGUGUGCGGAGUCUAGUGGAUUUGGACCUCUGUAGACAGGAGAGCCAUGAGGUCUCGCAGCAGCGGCAUGGAGAUACCUGACAGAGGUCAGCUGGACAUCGCCACGCCCGCCGUCAAGGCCUUCCGGAAGGACGAGGCCAGAGGCAACGCAAAGCCACCACAGCCACCACACAAGGGAGGAGAAACGAAAGCAAAAGACAGGACAGAGGAGGAGGAAGAGGACAAAGCCAUGCCAGUCGCAGCCACACAGCCACAGAAAGGACCCGGAAGGGCUACGAGAGGUGUUGGAAAGAAGAAAGUUGCACUUACGGACCUGUCCAAGGAGGACCUUGUGCGACUACUGGGAGUGAUGGAAGGCGAGGUGCAGGCCAGGGAAGACAUCAUUCAGAUGAUGAGGUCUGAGCGUACGCAGCCGGAGGUGCUGGAGGCCCACUAUGGCGCGGCAGUGCCGGCCACGCCCCUGCAGGCGCUCCAGAGGGACGCCCUGCUCGCCAGCGGACACGCCCACACGGAGGACGUCUACGAGAUGCCCAUGGCUGAGCUGGACAGGCUGGAGGAUAAGCAGAGGGAGACGUAUCGGCGCAUGCUGGAGCAGCUGCUAUUGGCUGAGAAGUGCCACCGCCGCACCGUCAACGAGCUGGACAGCGAGAAGAGGAAGCACGCUGACUUCAUGAACAAGAGCGACGACUUCACCAACCUGCUGGAGCAGGAGAGGGAGAGACUGAAGCAGCUCCUGGACCAGGAGAAAGCCUACCAAGUGCGAAAAGACGUAGAGCACACCAGGCGACUGGAGAAGGUCAGAGAGGAGCUGGUGAAGCUGAAGUCCUUCGCCCUGAUGCUGGUGGACGAGCGGCAGAUCCACGUGGAGCAGAUUGACCAGCAGAACCAGAGGGUGCAGGAGCUGAACCGGAAGCUGCACGACCGCGACGUGCAACUGGAGACGCUCGGCAGCCAGUCGAGAGACGACCAGCAGAGGGUCCUGAAGCUCGAGGAGGAGCUGGAGACGAGGGCAAACAAGGUCUUCCAGGAGCAUGAGGAGAUGACGGCCAAGCUGGCCUCGCAGGAGUCAGAGGGCCGGCAGCUGCGCCUGAAGCUGGCCACCCUGUCGCGCCGCAUGGAGGAGCUGGAGGAGACCAACGGCACGCUGCAGAAGUCGGAGCGAGAGCUCCAGGAGCUGAGGGAGAAGAUCAGCCGUGGGGAGUGCGGCAACUCCAGCCUCAUGGCCGAGCUGGAGAACCUCCGCAAGAAGGUGCUGGAGAUGGAGGGCAAGGACGAGGAGAUCACCCGGAUGGAGGCGCAGUGCCGGGAGGUGCGGAAGAAGCUCCACGUGGAGGAGAGCUACAGCAAGGAGCUAAGGCACGAGGUGGAGAAGCUGCAGAAGCGGAUGGUGGACCUGGAGCGGCUGGAGGUGGCCUUCAACAAGAGCAAAGCCGACUGUGCACAGCUCCACACCAAUCUCGAACGGGAGAAGAACCUCGCCAAAGACUUGGCCAGUGAGCUGGAGUCUGUGAAGAGUCGAGUAAGAGAGCUCGAGGGCUCAGAAUCGAAGCUGAAUAAGACAGAGCUGAGUUUAAAAGAAGAUCUGUCAAAGCUGAAGUCGUUUACCGUGAUACUCGUGGACGAGAGAAAAAACAUGUCCGCGCGGAUCAAGCAAGAGGAGCAAAAAAGUGACGAUUUAAGUAAGAUGUUCAAGACCGAACAAGGCAAAGUCAUGGAAGUCACGGAGAAGCUGAUUGAAGAGAGCAAAAAGCUGCUUAAAUUAAAAUCUGAGAUGGAGGUGAGAGUGAGCACGCUGACGAAAGAGAAGGAGGACUUGCAAACAAAGCUCGCUAGUGAAGAGGAGAAGUGCAAGGGUCUUGCCUCCGAGGUUAAUCAGAUGAAAACAAGAAUGAAUUGGUUUGAAGAAUCGGAAAGAGAAAAAUCAAGAGGCAUGGCCAGAAUUGCUGACGAGGACAACAAAGUCAAAGAGCUGACUGUAGAAAUUGAACGGUUAAAAAAUCGACUCAAACAACUAGAAGUGGUGGAAGGGGACCUGAUUAAGACCGAGGACCAGUACGAGCUGCUGGAGAAGAAGUUCAGGACGGAGCAGGACAAAGCCAACACUCUCUCUCAGCAGCUUGAGGAAAUGAGAAGUCAGAUCGCCCGAAACAAAGCCAUCGAGAAAGGCGAGGCAGUCAGCCAGGAAACUGAACUGAGGAUGAGAUGCAGGAUGGAGGAGGCCAGGACCCGCGAUCUCCAAUCGGACGUCCAGGCCCUAAAAGAGAAAAUCCACGAGCUGAUGAACAAAGAAGACCAGCUCUCUCAGCUGCAGGUGGACUACGCCGUCCUGCAGCGGAGGCUGCUGGAGGAGGAGGAGAGGAAGAAGAGCAUGAGCCAGGAGGUGCACAACCUCACCAAGGAGCUGGAGGUCACCAAGUGUUACAGUCGCGUCACGCGGCCCAGCAUGAACGGCAAACGCAUGGUGGACGUGCCCGUGACCUCCACGGCCGUGCAGACGGACAUCGCAGCCAGCCUGGAGCCGGCCGAGGACGAGACUCCCGCGGUCUUCAUCCGCAAGUCUGUGCUGGAGGAGAACCACCUCAUGAGCAACCUGCGCCAGAGGGGUCUGAAGAAGCACACGGUGCUCGAGCGCUACCCUCCCGCGGCCGCAGAGCUGAACAUGAGGAAGUCCUGGAUCCCCUGGAUGAAGAGGAAAGAGCCCGUCACAGUUACCCAGACCCCACCGGAGAGGACGUUGCCCAGGGUGAACGGACAGACCAUGCCCUCCUGCGCGCCGCCUCCUGAGCUCACCAUGUCCCAGAAGCCCGGGCAGCCGCUGCACAUCCGCGUGACGCCCAACCACCAGAACAGCACGGCCACGCUGGAGAUCACCAGCCCCAGGGCGGAGGACUUCUUCUCCAGCACCACCAUCAUCCCGACCCUGGGCCUGCAGAAGCCACGCAUCACCAUCGUCCCCAAGCCCACCACGGUCGCGCCAACUAGGCCAAAGCCUGGCGAGGCGGCAGCCGGCGGGCCAGAACGCACCAAGUCCCCGGUCACUAUCACCACCAUCUCCAGGGCCAAGGGCCCAGAGUUGGGCAAGAGUUCGGAUUCGGACAAGCCCCUGUCUCAGCCCCUGUCUCCUGUGUCAAUUAUCACGGUCAGCACUUCACCCCUGGCAGAAGGGAUAGCAGCAGCGUCGUCGUCGGUGCAAGAGAAUCGAGAGGUGACCUCGGGCAGUGGGCUGGCAGUAUUCAAGGUCACCCCGGACAAGCAGCCCUCCGCCUCCUGUUCUUCAUCAUCGUCAGUGAGGAAGUGCAGUUCCAACACAAACAUCAUCACCACGGAGGACAACAAAAUCCACAUUCACCUCGGUCCACAGUUCAAGAGGCCCCAAGACACGAGCAUGAGCACGAGCUGCAGUCCCAUGAUGACCAUUCGGCCCCUGAGUAUGAUGAUGGCGGAGACCAAAGACUCGCACGCGACGGGCACGGUUCUGAGGUCACCACGACACAGCACGGCUACUGCUACCGCUGCGGCCGCCUCCGCUGCAGCCACGGCCACAGCCACCGCCACCGCCGCCAUUGCUACAGCAACUAGCACACCGGGGAAGGUCACCGCUAGCAAAGUGACGAGCAGCAUCACCAUCACUCCUGUCACCUCCUCCCCUGCCCGACCCACACAGUCAGUGUUGCUUCUGAAAUGUUUCAAAAUGAUAUCAGAUGGUGUGUGCUCCCUAGAUAGCUCUCUCUCCAGGUCGGAUGGACAGCAGCAGCAGCAGCAGCAGCAGCCAGCUCGGCCCUCAGGCACACGAAUCCCUAUGUCAAAAGGUAUGAAAACAGGCGUGAGGACAGUCAUGGGCGUGUCCGCAGUCACAAGGCUGGAGGCGCGCGCUGAGGGCCAGUCUAUGAAAAUUGAACUGAGGAGGUCUUCGGUCAUCGGCCCAUUGUCCACAGGAGGCGGGAAGGCCUCGUGAAGAAGCCUCCUCUGGCAUGCCCACCACAGACACAGACACAGACACUGACACCACACAAUAGGGGCUGUAGGUUUUCUACUAUGCCACCUUGGCUUUGACCAUGAAAAUGUGAAAUACCCUGAACAUGGACAGGAGAUGCUGUAUAGAGGUGUGUCGUUCAUGAACGAGCCGGUUCUUUUGAACGGCUCCCUGAAGUGAACGAUGGGAACCGGUUCACUGCUGGGGGAGCCACUCGACUGUUAUUUCGUUCAUUUUUCAUUCAUUUUAAGCACGUGACCUCGACCAGAGUAAUUCAAUUUGGGGAAAAACCACAAUUGUUGGCCUUAAAGAGUGGCAAAAACGGUCUUUAGAAGCAGGAGAAUAAUCAGUUGUUGUUUGAACAAAAUCACCUUGAGGUGGAGUCAAAAUAUUACACUCUAAAACACUGAAUAAAUAAUUAAAAAAGAGCCAAAAGAACCAGUUUUUUGAACGGCUCUUUGAAAGGAACGAGCCACUAAGAUCCGGAUCCCGUCAAAGAGCCAUAAAUCCCAUCUCUAAUGCUGUAUGUCACAGGACACUUACUGUAUGUAGUAGCUGUGUGGAAGACAUUGUGCAUGCUUUAACUUGGCCUUAAUGCAAAGCUUUGUGUCUGUUUGGAGUUCAAAAUCACAUAACUACUAAUGUCAUCAUUUGCUGGACAUUUGCGUGUGAUUUUACUGGACAACAUUAUUAAUGGAAAGCCAUAUCAUGAAGCCAUUCAUGUCCAUCUCAAUUCUGUGUCUAUGUGAAAAAUACAUUUUAGGUCUUGGAGUAAAUAUGGAGGUCUUCACAACAAAAAUGAAUGUUACUCAUUAAACGUCUACUGUAUGCUUGAA